CCGGCCACCGUCGUAGGUGUGGGCUGCUUGAAUGGAACGUCGGGCGUAACGCAAAGCCUUACACCGUCCGCGCGGCCGGUACCUGCUCCUCUGGCGUGAGUGCGGCGCGUGGGUCGUGCGCGUGCGCGCUCGCCGGAGGCGCUGGGCGGGUGCGCCGGGCCGUUGCGGGCGCUGGGCUGUUGCGGGCGCUGGGCUGCUGAGGUUGGCGGCAGCGGUGCCGCGCGCCCGUAAGACCGGUAGUUGCGGGGCCUCUCGCUUCGCCCCGGGCUGCUGGCAGCCGUGGCGGCCACCGGAGACCGCAAGGGGCGGAGGAAAGCAGGGGGCGGUGGGGGCCAGCCUCGACACGCAGAGGAUCAGCCGAGCAUGCCCCGAGACAACAUGGCCUCCCUGAUCCAACGGAUCGCCCGCCAGGCGUGUCUCACCUUCCGGGGCAGCGGGGGCUGCCGCAGCGCUUCCGACCACGGCGCGGCGCCGGGCUCCGAGGCCCCUAUGCCUCAGGGCUUCCCGGAGAACCUGAGCAAGCUGAAGAACCUGCUGACCCAAGUCCGCGCGGAGGACCUGAACAUCGCCCCGCGCAAGGCCACGGUGCAGCCGUUGCCGCCCAACCUACCACCGGUCACCUAUAUGCACAUUUACGAAACCGACGGCUUCAGCCUCGGCGUGUUCCUGCUCAAGAGCGGCACGUCCAUUCCGCUUCAUGACCACCCGGGCAUGCACGGCAUGCUCAAGGUGCUCUACGGCACCGUGCGCAUCAGCUGCAUGGACAAGCUGGAGGCGGGCGGCGGGCAGCGGCCACGGGCCCCGCCGCCAGAGCAGCAGUUCGAGCCGCCGCUGAAAGCCCGGGAGCGGGACGCCGUGCGGCUGGGCGUGCUGCGCUCGAGGGCCGAGUACACCGAGGCCAGCGGCCCCUGCGUCCUCACCCCACACCAGGACAACCUGCACCAGAUCGACGCUGUGGACGGGCCCGCCGCCUUCCUGGACAUUCUGGCCCCGCCCUAUGACCCGGACGAUGGCCGGGACUGCCACUAUUACCGGGUGCUGGAGCCUGUCAGGGACAAGGAGCUUUCCGGCUCGGCUUGCGACCUGCCCAGAGAGGUGUGGCUCCUGGAGACCCCUCAAGCCGAUGACUUCUGGUGCGAGGGGGAGCCCUAUCCAGGUCCCAAGGUCUUCCCUUGAAGCCGCCAGUGCCCGGUUGCCGUGGGGCGAAGACGUGCCCUGUUCACAUCUGGGCCUGGCUACCCGCGACCCACCAUAAGGGCUCUCUCUCCCUACCCGCAGGCCUGGGCUUUGGAUCUACUGGAAUGGGCUGUAGCUGCUUUCUCCGGAGCCGUGGGAAGCACUGGCGACUGGAGUGCAGCCGCGGGGUCGGGUUAAGGGGCGGGGAAGGCUAGUAGACUAGGUUGUUUUCUGGCUCUGUCACUGCCAUUGGGGUUUUGAUUUGGGGGAAAGGGGGGCAGGGGACUAUCUGAAGCGCUUCCAUCCUAAAGCCAUAAUGAAAAUAGUCUUUUCUCUGUUCUUUAUACUAUACAAAAUACAUUAAAAGCCCCCACACCCCCUACCCCGGGUAAAUAGGAUUUGUUUUCCACCUAUGUCCCUUUUACUCCUUACUGUUAUAAUUCUAAUUUAUUGAUUGCAUGACCCAGUGGUUUGAAUUGUUUUUAGUUCAAGUCACUGGUAAAAACUAGGUUUAACAAGAUGAGCUACUAUGUAAAGUGAAAAUUAGAUCAUUUUUCCAGAGUUGGAGUAUCACCCCCAAAGCAUAACUGCAUGUAGAGGACAAGAUUUGUUUUCUUUCCUCCUCUUGCCCGGUAGCCACAUCUGGUUUACUCUGGCAGCAUCUACCAAGAAAUCCAGCGCCUGCAUAUCUCAGUGACAGAUGAUCACUUAGAGCUUAUUGUCCCCUUGAGUCUCCAGAUCUGGGAGUUAAGCAGAUUUCUUGUUGCAGAUUCACCUUUAAUGCAAAAACUAUAUUACCUUCAAAUGACUUUUUUCAUUUUGAGGGGAGGGUCUUCGUGAGCUUUAAGAGGUGAUAGGUUAAUUCUGGGUUUUCUAACCAGAAGAUUCAAAGGAGCUGAAUCGCCAUGCUUCCAAACAACUGAAUGUAAAACACUUCUAGCCAGUUGUUGAAUUCCAUGCCCCUGUUUACUUCCAGUAUUUUCCUGCAAAAAUAGAGAAAAAUGUUGAUGACUGUUUCAAAUUCUCAGGAGCUCUAAUGUUCCAGAAGGCUGCUGGUUCCAGCUGUGUUGUUUUGAUGGCAGUGUUCUCCCAACAGUAGUGAGCCAGAGCUUGCCUCAUCUGGUGUGGUUUCUAUAGGAAGAGAGAAGGCACACAUGAUCAAGGCUACAGAAUAGAGAAUUACCUAUACUGCUGGCCAUUUUAGGGCACCAGAACGAGGGACAAAACACUAACCAACCUCUUAAACAGUUGUGCUAUCUGUAACUAGUUUUAUUUUUGUCCUUUCGGUAAGCUCAGCAACUUUACCUUGUUUACAAAUGUAUUUACACCAUUUGCUUCAGGCUAUGGAGCACUAUUGUUUCCCUCUUUUUACUAUUUAUAGGAUUCCUUUUUCACAACACUUUUAAUAAAAACAAACUGUAGAAAUAAACACAUUAAAAUCUG